UCUGUAUAUGUGGCCAUUGAGGUCACAUUUGCUUUUAUGUUGCUACACGUAACGACUUUAUUCCUCCCUGAAUGCUCACCAAAUCAAUUCGUGCUUAGCCCUUACAAGGAAACGGUGUCUUUACAAAACUGUUUGGUCGCUGAGACUUUUAUUUUGUGUUCAGGGUUGAAAUUUAAACUUAGGAACAAUGGGUAGCGUUGGUUCCGUGAUUCAGCUUCUGGAAGACCGACUAGGUCCAGAGUUUCUCCUGGUUCACCACUCUGCCAAAGCUCACCACUACAGCCUCGGCAGUAUGCUUUCUGACGGCGGCACGGACAACACAGGGAAAACCGUUCUAGUCAGCCAUGCGGGCAGUACCAUAGGCUCCAGAUUAGUCCCGCCGAUCACAGACGACCAGUUCUCCGGAGAUCUUCUAGACUGGCCAAAGAGGGGCCCGGCCAUCACCGAUAUCAUCGCCUCGGGCUGGACUGCUGACGGCGGGGCCCAGGCUAAGGUCUCCCCUGUGGAAUUUGACCUGAAGGCCGAGGCCGUUAACUUUGAGGGGCGCUGGUUCAACCAUUGUCGACUGUACUCCAUCGAUGAGCAACAGUUUCGGAUGCGGUUGAGAGGGAAGAAACUCGACCAAGAAGCGACAGGGAUCCAGGGAAAAGACCGCUUCUUCAUCAUAACAGAGGCAUACGUCGCCAAAAGUGUUGGUAAACUACAACGAGGGGGCCUGGACGCUUCUCUAAACAUCGGACUGUCCGAGAGGUUUACUGAGGAGGGCGCUGGUGCGGGUGUACGGCUCGCGUACCAACGUGCCAGUCACCGGGUCUACAAGCAACUCGGGAAGGCAGCACUAGCCUUCAAGAUUGUGGAGGUGAAGUACGACAUGUACGGGGUAAUAAAUUACAUGAACCUGGUGCAGGACCCUCGGAAACACUACACGUUACAUCCACAAACAGAAGAUACGCCUGCACCGCCGACACCCAGAAGGACUGAAUACGUGUGAAACCAUAGGAAACGUCACUCGUAUCACCACGUCAUUGAAGUUACUGUAACAUAUUAAUGUUCAAAUUGAAGUUUAAAUUUACAAUUACAGCUGGACUUGCUAUCUCUUCUAAUUAUAAU